AUAAUAUCUCUCCAUAUCCAGCUCAAGUCUCCAUCAAUUAAGAGUCAGAGCCGAGAACGGGACGAUUUCUGAGUCUGGCCCUCUGCGCUCUUCCCCAAACUCCACCUGCUUUUUGUUGCUUUUCUGUUUGCUUUUGUUUUGUUUGGCCACAUAACCCGGAUUAAAUUACGCAUUGCACCUUUAAGAAGCUGUCACCGGGAUUAGAGUUACGCGCAGCGAGCCAAGUCGCCCUCCGGAGGGGUUUUACGCACCGUCGGUUUCCAUUUCUCCCUCCGCCUCUCCUCUUCCUCGCUGGUCCUGACACUCACCGGGGAGCCCGCCACACCUCGCGACAUGGCCGAGAUAGGGAAAGGGGUCACCGCCGGGAAACUGGCCAUCAACGUCCAGAAGAGACUCACCAGAGCGCAGGAGAAGGUUCUGCAGAAGCUCGGCAAAGCAGACGAGACCCGAGAUGCUGCCUUCGAGGAGAUGCUGGCCAACUUCAACAAGCAGAUGGCAGAAGGCACCAAACUGCAGAAAGACCUGAAAGGCUACGUGACGGCAGUGAAGACUCUGCACGAUGCGUCGCGGCGGCUGCAGGACUGUCUGGCCGACAUGUACGAACCCGACUGGUUCGGCAAAGAGGAGAUGGACACGUUGGCAGAGGACACAGACACUCUGUGGUUAGACUACCACCAGAACAUCACCGACAAAUCUCUGGUGUGUCUGGACACGUACCUGACUCAGUUUCCUGACAUUAAGGCUCGCAUAGCGAAGCGCGACAGGAAGAUGGUGGACUUUGACAGCGCCAGGCAUCACUUCGCCUCCUUACAGAAAGGGAAGAAGAAGGACGAGGCCAAGAUCGCCAAGGCGGAGGAAGAGCUGGGUCGAGCUCAGAAGAUUUUUGAGGAGCUGAACGUGGAGUUACAAGACGAGCUUCCAGCACUGUGGGACAAUCGUGUUGGCGUCUAUGUUAACACAUUCCAGGGCCUGGCAGGUCAUCAGGAGAAGUUCCACAAAGAAAUGGGCAAGCUCAGUCAAAACCUGAACGACAUCAUGACCAAACUGGAGGAGCAGCGGGUGCUCAAAAAAGGUGGUACUGCAGCAGCCAAGACAGGAGACGGUGCGAAGAGUGAUGAAACCAACCACAGUGAAUCAGCCAGCUCAGCACCAAAGAGUUCGGUGACCAAUGGCUCCGAUGGCGAACUCCCUCCAGGAUUCGUCUACAAGGUAAAAGCGAUACACGAUUACGCCGCCACCGACGGCGACGAGCUGGAGCUGCAGACCGGAGAUGUUGUGCUGGUUCUGGCCUUUGACAACCCUGAUGAACAGGACGACGGCUGGCUCAUGGGAGUGAAGGAGUCUCAGUGGUUUCAGAAGAAAGAUAUUUCAGCCAAAGGUGUUUUCCCUGAAAACUUUACCCAGAAGAUUUGAAGGUCUAAAGAUUCUGCUCCUCCCUUCUCCGCCCCCAAACUCCUGGGAUGUUCAUCUGAGACGGACAAAGUCAAACUGUCAUCACAUGUAUUGGAACAGCGAGAUUAGAAGUGUGCAGGGACAUCUCAGCGGCCAUGACACCAACUGAUUUGUUUGUGCAGUUGAAACCAGUGUCGGUGUGAACUCACCACUGAUUUCUUCAUCACAUUUAUGCAAAACAAAUGUCAAAGUUAAAGGAUGAUAGAGAGGAAGUGAGUCACAGCCUGAAUGAUGCACGAUUAUCUAAAAUAUUUGAGAUGUCAAAAUAUAAACCCCAAAUUAAAUGUAUUCAUUUGUCUUUUUUUCUUCUUAUUCCUAAAUAAUUUAUAUCUUGCUGAACUCAAAGGAAACACAAACGGAGAUUUACGUCAUGGAUGUACUGUAUGAAUGUCAAAAUAUUUAUGUUGUGUUUUGUCAACAGUUAUUGAAAAUUAACUUUUCACAGUUACUUGCAUGAAGCGUUUGAUUGUACUGUCAUUUACUCUGUAACACAACAAACACUGUGACACCCGGUGGGAUGGUGAUGUUAAAAACUGCAGGUGUCCUGGACGAGAGCUGGAGAACAGCAUGUGCGCAGGGCUCCGCCUCGCUUUGUCAAACUCUAUUACAGUUUCCUGGGCUUGUAGGAUUAUCAGAGGGAACAGUAGUUUUUCAUUUCUUUUAUUGCCCAUCUUUGAGGACAUGUCUUGGCGUGUGGCUUAAAUUUUCUAAUGCACAUAUGGUUUUAUUUUGAUUUUUGAAUCAUCUCUUCAUAGAGGCAUGAAAUGCAAAACCUUAUCAAACUCAGCUGCUGAUUUUUUUUCCUUCAUCGUCUUUACUUACCACUAUUUAUGACUAUUUACCACUGAUUUAGACACAGUACUCUGAGACAGUUAAUGAACUAUUUUUCAUAUGAAUUAGAUUCUGGAGCUCUGCGCUCUCUUGGACCGGAAUAUCUGACUGGACUUGUCGUCUUUUGCUGUAUCGGAGACACAUUCUUUAGUUUCCUGCGUACUUGUGAGUCCAUGGCUGCAAUGUCAACAGCUACAUGAGGCUAAAGCAUUAACAUGUAAACCUUUGUUUGGUUCAUCCAGAGUAGUUCUAACCAAAUAUCAAACCCACUUCACACUGGAAUCAAUGAACAUGUGGAAACUAAUGCACCAUCUGUUGGAUCAAAUCAGAGACAUUAAAGAUGAAUGAAACAUG